AAAAUAGAGAAAAUAUGUUUUAGAAUCCGACAAAAAUAAAUAUGUAAAAUGGUACAUGGUGGAGCCUGAGAAAGUCCUAGACGCAGAAUUUAUCUCACUAGCUGUACAAGUUGCCUAAUAGUUAUAAAUGAAGGGGUAUGAAUAAUAGUUAUCAUUGAAAAUUAAUGGGAAAGUAGAAUAGUUAGUGAGAUAUUAAAAUAAUAUAAUCGAACCCAUUGGAAAAAGGAUCUCGAAAAUAUAAAAUUCGGGAUUGAAAAUUAAUCUAACGGGUCUUGAAAUAUGUUUGUAGUGGUGCGAUGUGAGAUAUGUAUAUGGAGUAGGUUCAACUAUAAAUGUGAGUGGCAUAUGUAGGCUGGGCAUAUUUUGUCCGUGAGUCUCGUGAAGUAAACUUCGAACGUCGUUCAUUUGAGUUUGAGAAGAUGGCCCGUACUAAGCAGACAGCCCGUAAAUCGACUGGUGGAAAGGCACCACGAAAACAAUUGGCCACCAAGGCAGCUCGCAAGAGUGCACCAGCAACCGGAGGUGUUAAGAAGCCCCAUCGUUACCGCCCAGGAACUGUAGCUCUUCGUGAAAUCCGUCGUUAUCAAAAGAGCACUGAACUUUUGAUCCGCAAAUUGCCCUUCCAACGGCUAGUUCGUGAAAUCGCUCAGGAUUUCAAGACUGAUUUGCGUUUCCAAAGCUCAGCAGUCAUGGCCCUCCAAGAAGCCAGCGAAGCUUACCUCGUCGGUUUGUUCGAAGACACCAACUUGUGCGCAAUCCACGCUAAACGUGUCACUAUUAUGCCAAAGGACAUUCAAUUGGCCCGCCGUAUCCGUGGUGAACGCGCUUUGGCAUAUGUAGGCUGGGCAUAUUUUGUCCGUGAGUCUCGUGAAGUAAACUUCGAACGUCGUUCAUUUGAGUUUGAGAAGAUGGCCCGUACUAAGCAGACAGCCCGUAAAUCGACUGGUGGAAAGGCACCACGAAAACAAUUGGCCACCAAGGCAGCUCGCAAGAGUGCACCAGCAACCGGAGGUGUUAAGAAGCCCCAUCGUUACCGCCCAGGAACUGUAGCUCUUCGUGAAAUCCGUCGUUAUCAAAAGAGCACUGAACUUUUGAUCCGCAAAUUGCCCUUCCAACGGCUAGUUCGUGAAAUCGCUCAGGAUUUCAAGACUGAUUUGCGUUUCCAAAGCUCAGCAGUCAUGGCCCUCCAAGAAGCCAGCGAAGCUUACCUCGUCGGUUUGUUCGAAGACACCAACUUGUGCGCAAUCCACGCUAAACGUGUCACUAUUAUGCCAAAGGACAUUCAAUUGGCCCGCCGUAUCCGUGGUGAACGCGCUUAAGCGACAGAGUUCUUUAAUUUAGAAUUCAAUUUAAGAAAAACGGUCCUUUUCAGGACCACA